AUGGCCCAGCAAAGUAUGAAAGUGAGGCCUGUGCUUCUGAAGCGUAACAGUCUAGAGUCAGUGGAGCUUGUGAAGCAACCUCACCACCGCAGGAGCAAAUCUCAGCAGGUACGAUUUAAGGAAGAUGGCGCCAGUAAGACUCCACCUGCCCCAUCUGAGGUUGACAUCCAAACUUCUGAGGACCCGGCUGUAAUGGGCAAGACUCAGGCCUCUGGGCACCAUCACCUCCCCACCUACUCACUCUCCUUCCCCAGGUCCCAGGAGGCAGGGGGCUUUCGGCACAUCGCCAUCCAAACCUCCCCCAGUCUCAGGAAGCAUUUCCCAGUUUUCAAAAGGAAGAGACUCACAGCUAGCAAGUCCCUGGUGGAAAUUCAGACAGCAUCCCAAAGUGCCAUCCAGGUGAAUGGCAAUCUCUCUGAACAGGACAUUGUGUCCUCUGACCUUGCCUACUUAAGGCUGUCUCGGCAUCUUGAAGAUGGGCCUCAAAGGGUCAAGGUGUCCCACCCAUUUCUCCCUAGAAUGUCCAAGGUGCAAAGCAAUGGGCCUGUGAGCAUAUGCUUGGAAGCAGGGACAUGGAGGGCCUCAGGGAAAGCAACAGCUGCUAUUCAGGUCCCAGAUGAUAUUUAUCACAGCCCUACCUGGGCAGGUAGAGAGUCCACUUUCAGCCCAGACAGGUCUGCUGAGAUUAACAACUCCAUACCCACUUUGGUUGACAUGUGUCCAGGUGAUGGGAGAAGAGUGCCACCAUCAGAUUCAGAAAGACCCCUCUCCUGCUUAAAUGCCACCAGCGGUGCCAACCACAUGCCCGGCACAGGGAAACUUAAACCUGAAAUGCUUUUGCCCAAAGAUAACUCUGAUGACAAAGACCUUGGCCCAUUGUCAUCUCAGUCAAAGGAAACAUGCGUUCCCUCCCAUCCACAGACUCACAGCUCCCCUUCGCCAGGCUCCCACAGCCAGCCAGCCCAGCCAGGGGGAGCUUCAGAUUGUGCUUCAUCGAGGAACAAUCACCAGGAUCUGCAGUCACUCAAAACUAACAGUGAGUCAAAAUCUGCCCCUGUGUGUCAAGAGCAGACGGCAAAGAACCCCUUCCAGUCACACAUCCCAGCGUUUCCAAACUGUCCAGAAAGCGAUCACCUCCCAUCCUCUCUUCCAAGGAGAGAGACCAAACAGCAGGGCACCACGGAGAUGGGUACGCUUAAUCCAAUUCACCUGGCACAGGGUGAGUUCUGCGACCUCCAGGGCAGGCUGCAAUCCGUGGAGGAAUCUCUGCACUCAAACCAAGAGAAAAUUAAAGUCCUUUUGAAUGUAAUUCAAGACUUGGAGAAGGCUCGAGCUCUCACAGAAGGGCGCAACUUUUAUCGAACUGGCCAAGAUCUCAACAACUGCAGUACCUGCCAGAACACAGCGUGCAUCAUAUACAGUGUAGAAUAUGACUUCCGGCAGCAGGAAGGCAGGUUCCAUGAGGUUCUACAGAGUCUGGAGGAAGCAGAGCCAGUUGAGGAGGCAUCUCCCCCACCAAAGUCCCCAGCAGAGCCCUCAGUCCCUGAGAAACAGGACUUAAGGCGGAAAACCAAGAAGGUGAAGAAGAAAUGCUUCUGGUGGAUCUGA